GUGGCCCCAAUCUUCCUCCUCUUGGAUUUGAACUGGGACAAUGAAAUACAUCUAGCACUUAGGCUAUUCUUUUCUAUAAUUCUAGGUUCAUUAUUGGGCUUUUCUUCCGCGAUAAACAUCUUAUUGAUUUCUCAUUGAUGCCACUGCGAAUGCUAUCAGUAACCCUAGGGAUUAGCCUUAAAUCAAGGAUUAGUAUAAUCAUAUGAUUAUUAAAUCAUUUAUAUCUUUCUUGUGUCCUUCAUAAUUUCUUUCCUUCGGCAGUUGGCUUGAUUGAUCUUCUUGUUGACUUGAUUUAUCUAAUUCCAUGAAUCUUGUCUGGAAUCCGACUAGUAUCUUCAUCAGACUUGAUUGUUGCUUCCUUCCUUUUGCGAUAGAAUCACUCAUCAGACUUGAUUGAUGCUUCCUUCCUUCUGCAGUAGAAUCACUGGUGGUCUUGAGUAAAUAUCUUCACGCCUUGAUUCUCCUUACGAUUUUCCUUUUGGCUUUGAAAUUUAUUUCCUUUAGCACAUCUCGUACAACUGUUGAUAUUAUUUUAGGUUACUUCCUCGAUGGCUUGAUUGGUUUUCCUUUUGAGUCAUUGUAAGUCGGUUACUUACUUUCUUCUUUGAUACUUGAUUUGCUUUCCUUAUUUCUGAUCCUAUAUAGGUGUGCUUAGUUAAUAAGGAGUCGUCAUUAAAACAUGAUUGAUAAAUGCGGAUUAAUAAAGCUAACACUAAAUUUCUAGUAAUUAUUUUAUCUUAAUUUGUCUAUAUGAUGAUGACAUGUAUUUGUAAGCAAUGAUAUGAAUGGAAUUAUAGAAACAAAGAGGUUUCUGUCUUUCCCAUUCCAGAUGAAGGAUCUUGGACAAGUUGAUACCAAAUUGGGGAUCAAGAUUAAAAGAAAUAGUGGGAGAUAUGUAUUGAGUCAACCUCAUUACAUUGAAAAAGUGCUAAAUAAAUUUAGUCACUUAAAUAUAAAAGAGGUUACUACCCCAUUUGAUCCAAGCAUUAACUUAAUUAAGAAUGAAGGAAAAGUUGUCUCUCAACUUGAGUAUGCAAGUGAUAUUGGAAGUCUUAUGUAUACUAUACAAUGCACAAGACCAGACAUAGCAAUUGCAGUUAAUAAACUAACCAGAUUUACUAGCAAUCUGAGUAUUGAUCAUUGGAAAGUCAUUGAGCGAGUUUUUGGUUUUCUUAAGAAAACCAAAGAUUUAUGUAUUCAAUGCUCAAAGUUUCCUGCUAUUUUAGAAGGAUAUACUAGUGCAAGUUGGAUAUUGUGCUUGGGAGACAACAAAUCCCCUACUGGUUGAGUGUUUACCUUGGGAGAAGGUGUAAUUUCUUGGAAAUAUAAGAUAUAAACUUGCAUAACAAAUUCAAUCAUGGAAUCAGAAUUUGUUGCAUUAGUAGAAGUAAGAAGAGAAACUGAGUGGCAGAAGGAUUUUCUUUUAGAAAUUCGAUUGAUCUCAAAAGGUGUGAGUUCGAUUUUAAUUUAUUGUGAUAGUCAAACUACUCUAGCUCGGGCAUAUAACAAUAUCUACAAUGGAAUGUUAAGACUCAUAAGUCUUCAACAUGAUUAUGCUAAUUGAUUAAAGAAGAAAUUAUCUCUCUCACAUUUGUGAAUCAAAAAGUAAUUUGGCUGAUCAAUUUACUAAACCUCUUAUAAGGGAGUUGGUGAAAACAACUUCGAUUUUAACUGGGUUAAAACUCCUUAGUUAGAUCCACCAGUAAUUGCAACCCUAAAUGACACUAUGAAAUGAAUAGUUACGGAUCAAAGGAUAACAAAAACUUAUCGAUACGUGGAUGUUUCAGUACUAAAUUAAGAAAUAUACCAGUACUGGUUGUCAUAGAUUAGAGGGUUGAGUUCGUACACUCUUAAUGAGGUUCAGUUCAAAGAAUAAAUGUCUCAAAUGUGACAAAGACACUGAAAGAACUUCACUUAUAUGAACAUUAGUGGUGCCACUUUGAUUGAGAGGUGGGGUUACUCUCAUAAAUGUUCAUGAAUUUUGGUAGCACAUGGUCAUAAAAGAGCUAAACAUGUUUGCGUGGAAAGCAUGAAUGAAAUAUUUAUGUGUAUAUGUCACCGACUGUUGUCACAAGGAAUAACAGGUUUAAAGUUAUUAUGCUACAUAGGAUUUUGAUUUCAUCUUGUGAAAUUAUACUAAGGUAAUAUUCACAUAGAAAGAUAUAUUACUCUAUGCGUGAACAUAACUUGAUCUUUGAGUCCUAAUUUAUAUUUACACAAGUGGGGGAUUGUUAGCAAUUGUUUAAAUUAAAUUAAAUAGUUUUAAAAGAAAAUGUGUCUUUUAAACAAAAGGAUGUGUCCUUUCAUUCUUUGGCUACUACCAAUUCUAUUUAACGUCUACUUAUUCUGAUUUCUAAUAGAACUUUCUUCUCUUCAGUAACUUUCUUCUGUCUGCAAAGUACUCUUACUUCUCCAAUUCCAAAAAUAUCAAGCUCGAGUUUUUGCUUUCCAAAAGAAUUUCUUCACUAUUUGCUUAGUGCAUAAAUUCAUAGUAUGUCAUAUCUACUAAAAAUAUUUGCGUAAGAUCCCAUAGAAAUCUCGCAGAGGAGAGGGAGCAAAUAUUUUUAGGAAAGUGUUUCGUACGUGUUUUAAGCCCAAUUCCAUAUUCUUUAUUCCUAUUUUCCAAAAAUUAUCAUGAUAUUGUUCAAGUAACUUUGCAAGUGAGAAAUUAGAAGUUAAAAAUAUUGAGAUAUGUAGUUCAUAGCAGAAUAAUGAAUAGAACUAAUAACCUAGCAUCACAACACCUGAAAGCGUCUAUAAUAAUGUCCAAGAAAGAAAGAGCACCACAAAACAACAACAAAAGUAGUUUAUGUCUUUCCAAAAACAUCAGCAUUGCAUCUAGGAAGUCAACACCAAAAGUAAUUUCAACCAUAUCUACGAGGAGGUAGCAAAAAGUGGCUCCAGUUGUAUUCCAAAAAUUAGAAGCAAAAAAAAUUUCAUUGGUGAUAAAAUCAAAGAAUAGCAGUCGGCAGAAGUUAAGUGAAAAAUUGAGAAUUCUACAAAUAUUUGCCAAGAAACAGAAGAGUGAAAAUUUUGACAUAAAUAAAAUAGCAAUGAACAAUCUUAAUGACAAAUUUAUCAACAAAGAAAAAAUAACAAGGAUACAGAACUGUCUCAACUUUCCAAGUUAAUGUGUUGAAGUCCCUACAACAUUUAAUUAUGACAUAUAUCCAGGCUUUUUUCUCUCCCUCACAUAUAUGAAUGUUGAAUAUUCUUGUUAAUCAAUUUCUAUUUAUAACGAUUUAUGUUGUAGUAUGACUUCCACAAAAGGAAUUAAUUUUUCAAGUUAGUUAUGAGGUACGAUUUAGAAAGAAGGUGAAUACCCUUCGAUAAUUUUUUGAAGGAGUAGUUUUCAUCUCUAGGACAUGCUUGUGGUGAGAUGAAUUUAGUUUGUUUGUUACGUUUUAGUUAUCUUUUUUCUUUGUGUGAACAUGUUCAAUUUUCCUCUUGCUGCUUCCUGCAAUGUCCAUUACGGUAGGUGGAAAUUGUGUGUCGAUCGUGUUCUUUUUUUUCAUAAAGGACAAUACGAUUGAUUUUUCGUGAGUCGCAUCCUGCGAACACCUUUCAUUUGAAUGUUGAACGUCUUGCCAGUCAGUUUCCUCCUUGAAAGUAUAAAUUCAUGAACAUUUUACUUGGAACUAUUAUUUUUCAUACUCCUAACAUUUGGCAUUAUCAACAAUAAAUCCAUCAUUUUAACUUAGAAAUUUUUUGGUGAUUGGUGAAUUUGUUAGUGUUGAACGCUUCUUUUCUUCAAUUUUUCCUUAACUCUUAAUCCUUGCUCUAACUAUAAUUUUUUUUGUUGCAUUUGCAUAGUAUUAAUAAAAAAAGUUUAAAAUAUGUAUUAUUUAGUACAUAUAUUAUGUAGUACAUAUCUCUUUGUAGAGGAAUCGUAUGACCUAUUUCUAAUUUUUGAAGAAGGCAACAGACUUAUAGAAGAAGAAAGGGAAGACAAUAGACCGCGUUCGUCUCUUCGAGCCAUGUGACCUAACUCUUUCUUAUCUAAAAAGUUUCAAAAAUAAUUAAUUACUAGAUAAUAAAUUAUUCGUCACCGAUUUUGUCAUAUUAAGAGCAUAACUUGGUGCAUUCGGGAACAAAAUAAUUUGAUAGCCACAAUGUCAUGGUGGACGACUUCUGCAGUAAGGUUGAUAUUAUUUUAGUAUUUUAUGCUUUAGCACGAGUUUCGUUAUUACUUCUUUUUGGGAGCAAUUUAUAAUUUAAGGUUAAUGCUAGCGAGUAGUAAUACUUUUAUUUCAUUAAAGCAUUUGUCUAAAGAUCCCUGUUAUUUAAUCUACUAUUUCUUUUAUCUAAAAUAAAUGAAUUUUUCAACGACCCAAAAACUAUUAAUUUUUUUUAAAAAAAUUUACACUUCUAUGUAAUUGGUUUUUCAACUUUUGAUGAAAAGUCUGGGGAAAGUAGAAGAGUAUGUCAAAUAAAUCUUUGAUCAUUGUAAUUAGUUAACUUUCUUAAAGGGAGUAAGUAUGUAAUUACACACAAAAAAAUUCACUUAUUUUGGACUAGAGGGAGUAAGUAUUUAGGCUUGUUUCUGUCACAGGGAUAGAUGAGGAGCCAGAAACUUUAGUUUAUGAGUUCUGAAUAACAUUUUUUUUCCUUCUAGAUUCUGAAUAAUCUUUUGUAAUAUAUUAAAUAAUUUCUUUAACAUAAACUAUAAAAUUUGAGCCUAAAUUAUUGAAUUUUGUCAAACCCAUAAUUAGAAUGUUGGCUCCACCCUAGUAGUGGAGAGGCUUAUACUCCUAUUCUAAAGUAAUUUAUCCAACUUGAUAAGAUAAGGGUACUACUACGUGAUAUGAAAUUUGAACAUACUAAACACGAUGGAGGCUCAAAAGUAUAAGUAGAGUUGGAGAUAAAGAUCCGGUACGAAGGUGAUCAUUUGAUGAUACUACUACGAAUUUUUUUUAUUUCGGACUCACAUAAUUAAUACUAGUUGUGUGAGGUUUCUUUUUGUGUUUACCCAAACUUUGUGGACCAAAAGUGUUAAAUUUGAGUUCACUUCUUUUAUGAGACAAAAAAAUUCUCAUAAAAUUAAUUUUUGUUAUGUUAGACUUAGACACAUAACAAUAUUUUUAGACUUAGACACAUAACAAUAUUUUUCCUAGCACUAUAAUAAAAAAUGUGAAAGUGAAUAAAAUAUUAGGUAAGGCAUGCAUGGAGCUUUUGAGGGGAUGAGGCUCCCCUCCAGUGCGAGAUCUGUCCAGUUCCUCCAGUUGGUCCUUAUAUUGCUUACAUCUAUCCCCUAAAAGUUUUAAUGGACCAAAUUAAUUUAUUUAACUAAACGAUUUUAACCAUGGUCAAGCAUUCUCUCUCUUACCACUCUGGCCAUUUUCUCCCUUGAUCCACAGUCACCAUUUUACUCGUUGAACCAUAACACCAUGUAAUCUACAAUAUUAUUAUUUUUUUUGCAAAGAAAAUCCAGUUAUUAACCAAAAACAAAAGCUAUAACAAGAAGAAACAGUGGAUUUCAUAAUAAUCCAAAGUUGAGUACAUUCAUCAUCUUUUCCCUUCUUCCAAGUACCUAUGUCUCCCUGAGCUUUGCAUCCAUUUCGGUCAAUUCCAAUAGGUUAAAAUAGGGAGGUUAAUUUAGAGAUCCGUUAAUUCCAGAUUGGGAUAAAGAGGGUUGUUAUUUGCAAUGAGAACGGAGAAUGGCGGAAGUGAGAAAGCAAGAAAUUUAGAUGAUCUCAAAGGAUGCACUUGGGUUAUAAAAUUUCAACAAUCCGAACAAUGAGACUACUUUGAAGCUUGAUUUUGGGGAAAUGGUGAUUGACAUAGCUUUGUUGUCUUCUUCCAAGAUAAGAAAUUCAACUUGGGGUUUCUAUACAAAUAUAACGGUCAACUAAAGGACCUAGAGAUUGCACUUGGAUGUAGAAUUCAAUUUAUUUCGUAUAAAAUUCUCUUAUUUGAUUUCUUGGGUUCCUUUUUCUCUUAUUGCAUUUAUAACUGUAAUCUUCAAUAGGGGCUUUUCACUCUGUUUCAGUCUUGCUUUUCUGAAAAUUUUUGUUCAGAUGAUAAGGUUUCCAGAGUCGGAGAAUUUUUUUAAAAAAAAUUAUUUUGUUUAUCGAACUAGAUUUUGAAUCUACUUGCUCUGUUUCCACCGAGUUUUUUAAGCAAGAGGCGGGUUUCUUUGCUGAUAAGGAACGGGAAGACAGAGGAGAGAGAACUGUUGAUAAUCAUAGUUAAUGUUAUUUGGUUAAUGAAAUAAAUCUGGUCCUCCAAAAAAUUAAAGAAACACGUGUAAUUCAUUUAGUGUAGGACCGGAGGAACUCGACAGAUCUAGCACUGGAGGGGAGCCUCAUCCCUUAUGAGGUGCUGUUUCCAGUAAAUAAUGUCCACGUAGGCGUGUAAAUUCUAGACAGAGUAUGAAUGGGAAGAACCUUUUUUGAGUUGGCAUAGGAAAACGUUAAAAUCAAUUGAAUACUUUUCCACAUAUUCCUCAUGGCUACCUAAACGUAAGAUUGUUUCAAUUUGACACUCAAACUGUUAGACCCCGUAUUUUAUACGUCGAGUUAUUCGUGAAGGAAUCGACACGAAAUAGAAACCUUCAGUUUUAAAUUUCUAAACUAGAACUAAUUGGCUAUAAAUUUUACUUAGUAUAAAAAUGUUAUUGGAGAUUGGGAACUACUUAAUUGCAGUGUUAAGUAAAAAUUAGUGGCAACAAUGAGCCAAAAUGCACAAUAACGUGCCAUGUCCAAAAGAUGACUCAAAGUCAUCUAAAAUAAGGCUAUUAUGGAAGACAUACAAAUAUGCAUUUAAACAUUAAUUCAUCCACUACACUUACAUUGUAUUGUGGACAACUAAGUUGAAAGAAAACCAAUGUGAGGGUCGGCCAAGUGACCGAAAUUAUGGAGAGAAAAGGGUGAGGCAUGCAUUUAAAUAUUGAAGACAUCCAUUAUUUUAUGAAGGCAUGCAUUAUUCUAUGAAGGCAUACAUGUUGGAAGAAUCAUUGCACAUUUAAAUAUUGCCAAUUCAUCCUUGUAUGAUUGCAAAUGACAAAGGUUAGUGUAUGAUUCAUCCACUACACAUGCAAUUACAUUGUAAACAAUUAAAAAGAAAGGAGAGACAAGGGAGGCUCGGCCAACAUGUAGCCGAAAGUGAGGGAGAAAGAAAAUGAAAUUAAAUGCAAAGUUAAUUGAGUGGCUCAAUUUCAUGAGUGGAGCAUGUGUACAACUUGUAGGCAUCUUAGUUUAAUCAAAUGGAUGACUAAGAGAGAUCAUCUUCUCAUUUCAACUUCACAACACAAAAAUAGAAAACCUAGAGAGGGGGAGAGUGACUCUCGGCCAAGAGGGCUGAUUUUGAGCUCUUUGUGUGUUGACCAAAAAAAAUAUUUCUUCAAGCAUUUCAACCCUUUAGAAGGUCCCUAGAAACGUGAAGAUAGUCAUUGGAGCAACAAGAACCAUUAUCAUUUCAAUUCACAAACUCUAGCCAAGUUGAGAAGUCGAAUUGUCAAGGUUGAAGUAUUACUGGGCAGCGUAUACAUAUUGUGUGACAAAUAAGCGCUAAAGGUAUGUGAAACUAACCCUUCUUUCUUUUUGGCAUGAUCGUUGUGAAAUGAAUAUACGAUAUAUAUACGAUUCCAAAGGAAUUCCUAUUCCUAGAACCACUAGGAUGGCUAAUGAUCUUGAUUUUCAUAACUUACAUUUUAUAUAUAUUUUUUGAUAUGUACAUAUGAUUUCAAAGUUCCAUUUUGAUAUAAUCCACAGGGACAUCCGAAAGGUAAAUGACAUGACUAUUAUUGAAUUUGCGAACAAUGGUUCGUGUUGACUAUUCUAUUGAGUCCUUAAAAACGUUUUGAAUUGCAUAUAGUUUCUCACUACUCUGCUCGUGCAUACCUCAACAUAUCUUUCACCGAGUCCCGGGCCGGGUAUGUUUUCGUGCACAACCUCACUGCAUUGUUCACCGAGUCCCUCACUAGAGGGCCGGGACACGUUAUAUGUAUAUGUAUAUGAUGAUAUGAUGACAUGAUGAUAUGAUGAUACGGUGAUGGCGGCCAGGAUGGCAUAUGAUGACUUUAUUCACCGAGUCCCUCACUAGACGGCCGGGACACGUUAUAUAUAUAUGCAUGAUGAUGAUAUGAUUUUAUUUACCGAGUCCCUCACUAUAGGGCCGAGACAUGUUAUAUAUAUACAUAUGUACAGGAUGAUUACCCAAUUAUGUCACUACAUCCCAUAACGGGUUGAGUAUGAUAUAUGAUAUUGACAUGCAUGGAUUAUGUUUCAAAGGCAAAAUGUUUUGGUAUUCUGAACAUUGUACUUGUUCCCUGUACUCCAUAUUUCAGUUAUGAUCCUUUUACUGUAUUUCACGCUUUACAUGCUCGGUACAUAUUCCGUACUGACCCCCUUUCUUCGGGGGGCUGAGUUUCAUGCCCGCAGGUACAGAUACGCGCUUUGGUGAAACCGCCAGCUUAAGACUUCCCUUCUGCUAUCUUGGAGAGUUCCGUUGUUCCAGAGCCCAAAUUUUGGCUUAACACAGAAAAGAAGGCGAGGAUCAGAGGUUUGGAGGCGUAAGUAAAGAGCAGUCAAAGUCCAGCAUAAUAUGCAAUUGUUGCAAGUUAUAUUUUGACAUAACUCUGACAAUGGUCGUCAUUCAAGAACCCAUCAACGUUAAAAUUCCUCGCAAACUUGAAGUUUGUGAAAAGGUCGAGGUGAGGAGUAUCGAAAGUGGAUUCCGGGGUUCAUGGUACUCGGCUACUGUGAUUGCUUCUUAUGAUUUGGUUCGGCAAGUUCGAUACGAUGACCUUCUGUCUGAUGAUGGUUCCAUCAACUUGAUCGAAUCCGUGAAUGUUUCUCCCAUGCUUGAUGGGGUUAUUCCUUCUGAAAAGAUGCCACUUACCUAUCGUGGUUUGAUUAGGCCUUUGCCACCUCCACUUCAAUUUACGAGAUGGGUUCUACGUUAUGGACAAUGUGUUGAUGUGUUUUAUCAAGAUGCUUGGUGGGAAGGUGUGAUUUUUGACCAUGAAGACGGUGCAGAUGAGCGCAGAAUUUUCUUUCCAGAUAUGGGUGAUGAAAUGAAGGCUCAACUCGACAAUCUACGUAUAACUCAAGAUUGGGAUGAGGUUUCAGAAGAAUGGAAGGCUCGUGAUAGCUGGAUUUUUCUUGAAAUAAUUGAGGAGAUUGAGCAGCUGCACCCCCUUGUGGUCUCACUGAAACAAAUUUGGUAUGAAAUUCGGGAGAAGAAUGGCUAUGAAAAUCUUAAGGAGUGGACAUCUACUUCGAGGGAUAUCUGGAGGAACUUGAUCAAGGAAGUUGUGCAUGAAAACACCAUGUUAACCGUCAAGCAAAUCUUUUGUGAGUUGAACACUUCACCAGAAUUUGGCCAAUUUUCAGAACCCGCUUUCCAGAAGGUUGAAACAUAUUUUAAUAACUCAGCCAUUGUACCUUUUAUUGAAGCCAUAUGCAAUUCGGAUAUGGAUCAGGAUGUGUCAUGUCUUCAGCCUGUAGUUGUUUCAGAGGGUUUUGCACCAAUCUCAGUUCUGCCAAGCCAAGAAGAACAACCACCUAAUGCUUUGUCAGUUUUACAUCCCCCUAAAAAUGAAAUUUCUGGUACUCUGUCCAUUACUGAGAGUGAAACACUCAACUUUAAGUCUUCCAAUGAGAUACAUUCUAGAAAGAGGAAGCGACUUGGAUGGAGGACCAUCCAUGUAGCUGCUGAGUGUUGUCCUGAUGCAGUUUCUGAGUACAACCAUAGGUCCCCAGAGUCCUUGCUAAAACUUAAGAAACAUUUGUUUUAUUUAGGAUGGAAAAUGGAGCAAGCAAAGGAUUGCAGCAUCACUAGGACACGGUACAUUGCUCCUGAUGGAAAGAUAUUCCAUUCACUUCGUCAAGUUUCUAAGAUGUUGGGAAAGUCAGGAACUCGGGCAGAAGGCCAAAAAACUUCAUAUGAUGACCUCAACCUGUCUACUUGCCUGGCAAAAACACUGACAUGCAGUGAGGUGUCUGAGAUGCUAUCUCCUUCUCAAGAACAAAUCAUUGAUCCUGAAUUCUGCCCUCAAGCGGUAAUUGACUAUUUUCUCGAAAGUGGGAAAAAGAAGCAUCUGAACCUAAAAGCUAGGAAGCACCUAGCUGCAAUAGGAUGGGUGUUUUAUUAUCAUUGGAAAAAGAGUGGCAAGAGAGAACUGCGGUACUUUUCUCCUAAUGGGAAAGUACAUUUCUCUCUUCAAAAGGCGUGCGAAUGGUGUAUGCAGCAGUGGGAAGCUGAGGGCCAGUUACCUGAAUUAAUUUCCCGAUCAACUGCUCAACUUAAUAAAGUCACAGUUUGUGAAAUCAGCAAAACAAGAAAGAAGAGUAAUCAUGGUGAGAUUCAUGCAGGUGGCUGGAACAUAUCCAGAUCUUCAAGAACAGUAGCAGAUGGUAUAGAAUCUCAGUCUUCAGCUCGUCUGUUGCGAUCAAGUAAAAGAGCUCGGCUUUCUUCGUCCUUGCAUCAUACACCUCGAACAGUGUUAUCUUGGUUGAUAGACAAUAAUGUGGUUCUGCCCCGUGCCAAAGUGCAGUAUCGUGGCAAAAGAGAUGGUCAGCCAAUGGCAGAAGGGCGGAUCACUCGUGCAGGGAUCAAAUGCAAGUGCUGCCAAAAAGUUUAUGGAAUUAGCAACUUUGAGGUGCAUGCUGGAAGCAAUUAUCACAGACCUUCAGCAAAUAUAUUUUUGGAAGACGGACGAUCUCUUCUUGAUUGUCAACUGCAGAUGAAAGAAAAGACUAGUGUAAGAAGCACGAGGAAAAGACCACGUUCGUUGAAGAAAGGCAGCCAUUUGGGCACAAACGACUACGUAUGUUCUGUGUGCCAUUACGGUGGUGAAUUACUUCUGUGUGAUGAGUGCCCAUCUUCCUUUCAUACUGGUUGCCUUGGAAUGAAGGAGGUCCCAGAUGGAGAGUGGUUUUGCCCAUCAUGCUGUUGUGAAAUGUGUGGACAGAGCAGAUUUGAUAAAAACAAAGACCACUUUACAGACAGCAGUCUACUUAUUUGUUGUCAGUGUGAGCACAAGUAUCAUGUUCGGUGCGUGAGAAAUAAGGGUCUUCAAAAGCUGGAUUAUUAUCCUGUAGGAAGUUGGUUUUGCAAUAAGAGAUGUGAGCAGAUAUAUUUGGGUAUCCGUCAACUUCUGGCAAAGCCAGUUAUGGUGGGAAAUGAUAACCUCAGUUGGACUUUAUUAAAGUACGUAAAAUCUGACGAUUUGGAUUCUGAUGCUGCUAAUGACGAGUUCAUCUUGGAGACUUAUAGUAAACUUAGUGUUGCUCUGGAUGUGAUGCAUGAAUGCUUUGAGCCUGUCAAAGAACCUUACACAAGGAGAGAUCUUAUGGAAGAUGUUAUCUUCAAUAGAUGGUCAAAGCUGAAUCGUUUAAAUUUUCAGGGUUUCUAUACUGUGCUUCUGGAAAAAAAUGAUGAAGUGAUUACAGUAGCGACUGUAAGGGUUUAUGGAGAAAAGGUAGCCGAGGUUCCUCUUGUGGCAACGCGAUUUCAGUACCGCCGACUUGGAAUGUGUCGCAUCUUAAUGAAUGAGCUUGAAAAGAAACUCGUGGAAUUAGGAGUUGAGAGACUAGUUUUGCCAGCUGUCCCCAACGUGCUAAACACAUGGACCACUUCAUUUGGGUUCUCAGUGGUGAGAGAAUCUCAGAGACUAAACUUGUUGAAUUACACUUUCCUUGAUUUCCAGGGUACAGUAAUGUGUCAGAAACUCCUCCAGAAUAUCCCUCCAGAGGUAUCAAGUGGAUCAACAGAAGCCUAUCAAACUCAAUUUGACUACAUAAACAGCAUGGAGAAUGUUGAGUUGGAUGGAAACAGUGCGCUUUCUGAGGUUCUCCAAGCUGAGCAAAUUGAGGGGAGUGAAAUUGUGGACCAAGGAUCUGCAGAUGCAUCUGGAGGAUGUGAAACCAAUGAUAUGGAUGCUCCAGCUCCUCUCAUUAUCGUGGCGAACCAACAAGCUCCUCUUGGCUGCCUGCCUUACCAGCAUGAAACUAGUCCGGAUUACGGAGCUGAAGUUACUGAUGGUAAGGUUUUUGAGAAAGUAGGUGCUGGUCAAUACAUAUGUUACAAGCGGAGAAGAAGAUACCAGCCUGUGGAAGCUAAGCUGGUAUUGGAAGGGGUAACUAUCUAGGAAGCUGGUAAAUUAUUAGAAAAAGAUAACCAUGGAACUGUGGCAUCUCUUAGAAGGCCAAAUAUUUUUGCUCCGUUAACCUUCUUUUUUCCUCAAGGAGAUAACUUUAGGCUGUUGGUCUCUAGCUCAUAUAUAUAUGCUCAUGUACAGCUAUCUCUAGGUACUAUUAGCUACUAUACAUCUUUUCUAAUCCUGAAAGUACAAAUGUAUAGAGCCAAAGUCAAUGGCUUGCAAGUAUUCACUGUCGCUCUGCGAAUGUAAGCCAAUUCAUUUAUAAAAAGCAGAAUGUUUGAGAAAUUUUC